AUGUGCAUAGCUCUGAUUUCAACCGCCCACCCUUCCUACCCCCUUAUACUAAUCGAUAACCGAGAUGAAUUCCUCCACCGCCCAACAGCCCCCGCCGACUGGUGGCCCGAGGACAAAUCUCACGUGCUCGCCUCGCGUGACUUAGCACGAGCAGUCCACGGCACCUGGCUAGGCGUCACAAAGCAAGGUCGCAUCGCCGUGCUGACAAACUAUCGCGACGACACAUACAGCCAGAUAGUAGGUGUCCGCAGCAGAGGCUCUAUCGUCAAUUCAUACCUCGAGCUACCUCCAGACAGCAAAGUCAGCGCCAAGGAGUAUGCCGAGGGUCUUGUUUCGGGCGGUGAAGCGCAUCUGGCGGGUGGCUUCAGUCUUGCCUGCGGGACUGUGCGCGGGCCGCUAGCUGUCGUUUCCAACCGAGUUUCCGCAGCAGAUGGCAUUGAGUGGAUUGCGAAGGAGAAGGGACAGACAAUUGGGUUGAGCAAUACUGCCUUUGGAGACCGCUCGUGGCCAAAGAUUGUGGACGGCGAAAGGCUUAUGAAAGAGGCUCUUGAUAUCUCUGUGAAGCUAGAGGAGAGUGAGGAAGCGCUUAUUGACCGGCUGCUGGCGGUGCUGAGCAGGGAUACAUUGCCGAGACUGCACGAGGGCGGGAAUUUGGAAACGUAUAUCAAUCUGUUGCGGGAGAGCAUAUUUAUCCCUGUUAUUGGGGAUGAUAGCGAGAUUGAACACACUGUCGAUGAGGUGUGUACGUCGAAGUUGCAUGAGAAGGUUGACUUGGUGGCCAACGGUCCGCAGGAUCACCAUGCGUAUAUGAAGGGUUUGUAUGGGACGCAGACUCAAACAAUUGUUCUGGUGCAUGAGUCUGGCCGGGUGAAGUAUUUUGAGCGGACGUUGUAUAAUCAUCGGGCGGAGCAGAUCCCCAUUGGAAAGGGAGAUAGAGCAUAUGAGUUUGUUGUUGAGGAAUAA